AUGACGUCUGCCACGAGAUUUUGCCACAUACUGGUGUCACAAGUACCUCCGUUCCACGACAGACUUCUAGGCAUUGCAUGCGACAUUCGUGUAUCGGCAUCAAGCCAGAAGGGUCACCCCCUCAUUCUUCGUAUCCGCGAGCCGGUUUGCACCAAUCGAAAUUCAUUUUGCCAAGUGAAUCUGGAUCUGGGACCCGGUUGGAUUCCUCGAAACACAGCCAGAUUACCGUCUAUAAUGAAGGACACCAGUCUGAUUGAAUGCAAGCGAGACCCCGUCGACGCGUCACCUUUUCGAAGUUACUUUUUGGACUGGAACAAUGGAUUUUUGGUUGGAUUGGAUCAACUCGACGGUUACGUUUAUGCUUCCCGUUUGACCUACGCCCCCGUUGAUGAAGUGGACCCAACACUGAUCAACCAGGAGCAUGUGGAGUACAAGAGAGACCGCGAACGCAAGCUGACCAAAUCGAUACACAGCACAGACAAUUCUUUUACUCGAACUGAGAAACGACCUUCGUUGAUCGCGUGUCGUGUGAAUCAACCGACCUCAAACACAUACCCGGAUCCCGAUGUACUGCAAUUGAUUUUGUCCGAACGAUCCACAUUACGGAACUAUCCUGGUAACAAUACAAUCAGUGUGAAUCUACUGGUAGUACCCGCACGAAUCGGAAGUACACACGAUAUGAUUACUACGUUACGGACUAUCACAAACGAGUUGGAACGACAAAGAUCGGGCAAAAAUGUGACAGAUCCGAUCGAAUUGACGACGGAUAUGCCCCCAGAAGGGGCGGAUGAUGCCGACUAUGAUGGAUCGAAUGAGCUUCACGCGUAUCCCGAGGUUUCCGCAUUACUCGUGGUUAAACCGGUUCAGUGUCGUGCGAUUCCCGGACACUUUAUUCUCAGUUGCUAUCGCCGAGAAAUUGAAUUUACAUGGAUACCUCCACAAUUGCCGAUCAAGAAGGCCAUGAUCAAAUUCAAAGAGGUAUUAUACUUGAGCAAAAUGUGA